AACAUAUGUCUGCAAUAGUCAAAAAAGCACCUCACACAUCCAGUAAUUUGCGGUGUACUUCUCAUCAUUUUGCCUCUCCUUUUUUCUCCAAUCAGUAUCUCUAUCUCCCCUAUCCCAACACAUUGCCUCAAAACUGCACCACUUCUCUUUCAUUUUUUCAAAAGCACCAACCUUUUUUUUCCAACAUCUAACCUCAAAUCCUACGUAAAAACAAUCAUCAAAACCAGUUCUUGUUCUCUCCCACAAUGACCUCUCAAGCUCCAUCCUUUAUACUACUUUUCGGGUUUAAACUUACAGUCUUGAUCGUAUUUCUACAGUUCUUGGCAGCCACCAGCUCUCUCUGCCGCACUUUCUGCAACAACAUUCCCAUUAACUAUCCCUUCGGCAUUGACGACGGCUGCGGCGCCCCCCAAUUCCGCCGCAUUCUCAACUGCUCUGCCACCGACCUCUUCUUCCUCACUCCCUCCGGUAGUUACAAAAUCCAAACCAUAGACUACAACAAGAAAACCGUCGUAGUAUUCGACCCCUCCAUGUCCACCUGCUCCAUCCUCCAGCCUCACCACGACUUCAUUAUGACGGAAAUCCAGUACGCCACCAUUCCCCCGUCCCCGGACACUAUUUUCGUCCUCAUGAACUGCUCCAUCGACUCGCCAGUGCUCAACCACUACAGGUCCCUAUGCUUCAACUUCUCCGGCCACUCGUGUGACGAGCUCUACGGCAGCUGCACCUCCUUCAAGCUCUUCCACAUUCUCUCAAAUGCCACGCCACCGUGCUGCUUCACGACGUACGAUACGGUGAAGUUCAUGAGCAUGAAUAUACUGGACUGCACGCAUUAUACUAGUGUGUAUAAUGUGGAUGCGUUAAAGGGGGUUGGACCAUUGGACUGGCUUUAUGGGAUUAAACUAUCUUAUAGCCUGCCUGAUUUGGGAUGUGAGAGGUGUGCCAAGUCGGGGGGGACUUGUGGGUUUGAUGUUGAGACGGAAGGGUUCGUCUGCAUUUGCUCUACCACCACCAAUGCUACAAGAGACUGUGGAGUAAGUGCUAUAAACGGAGGAAAGAGUUAUGGAGCACCUUCAUUGUUGGGAGUAUUUGUUUUGCUUCUCAGAGCAAUUUCGAAUGUAUAAGUCCAAUCCAGAUUAUUCAUUGUAAUCUUUUUCAUUCCCCUGUUUUUAACUUAGCUCACUGACUAUAUAGCAUUUCAUUCUGCAUUCAGGGAAUUUAAUCCCAAGUCUUUUGUGGAA